AUCGCUGCCACUCACUCUAUCUGUGCCUUCAUUCUUGCACACACACAUACACACAUACACACACACAUACACACAGACACACACACAUACACACAAACACAAACACACACACGAUCAUACUGUCAUUGGCAUCAUCAGGAAGUGUGUGUGCAUACACAGGUGGCUUCUUGAAGGAAAAGAGUUGUCUAAUUUGCUCUGCUCUGGACUGGAUUGGAGCUGGUCUGGUCAUUCUCUCGUCAUGCUGUGGAGGGUCUGCCUGGUGCUGGAACUGCUGCUGCUGGUCACUUGUGUGUCGCCGGCAGUCAUCACGGGGGCGUGUGACAAGGACUCUCAGUGCGGGGGCGGCAUGUGCUGCGCUGUCAGCCUGUGGAUCCGGAGCCUGCGUAUGUGCACUCCAAUGGGCCGCGAACAAGACGACUGCCAUCCUAUGAGUCACAAGAUUCCCUUCUUUGGCAAGCGGCUGCACCACACCUGCCCCUGCCUCCCCAACCUUGCCUGCAUAGCCACUCCUACGGGUGCCUUUAAGUGCUUGUCACCAUAUAAGUUCCAGGAAUAUGAGCUCUGA